AUGGCGUGGCUGCCCCUCUCGCUGACCGACGACGUCGCCGACCCCACCACGACCACGAUGCUGCUCUUCGCCGUAGGCCUCACCAGCUGGGACUCCAUCGGCAACCUCGUCCCCGGCAUGUCCUACCUCCAGGGCCUCGGCCCCUCCGCGACGCACGGCGAAAAGGGCCUCGUCCCGUUCUACAUGUCCAUCGCCGCGACGCGUGGCAACCCGGGGAACGUGACCCUCUACCGGAACCGCUCCCCGCCGCUCUUCUACGUGCACCAGAACCAGCUCUGGCACUACCACAACGAGAGCGCGAUCCUGCCCGUGAACGUGCACAACAGCACGCAGAGCGCGCAGCUCCCGCUCCAGCUCGUCGGCACGAUGCUCUUCUACGAGAACGAGCAGCGGACGAACCAGGGGCUCUUCUACUCGUGCGCGGACGUGAACGGGCUCAACGGCCUCUUCCUCUUCCUCCAGAGCUCAGCUCCGCCUCCGGGGUGCACGCCCUUCACGGUCCACAGCUUCACGAGCAACCGGAUGGAUUGA